ACGCAUGCCUCAUCUGGACAUAACGUUACUGUAUUGGACGCGUGACUUUGACCUGUCAGGUGAAUGACCGCGCGCCUGCGUGCGUAACGGUCCGGGGUUACAAGCAUCGGACCGCUCAUAAGUUUUGGAGCAGUGAAAGUGCUACUCGGUGAAGGUUUGGGACGCAUCUGGCCUGGAAAUGAAAAUGAUGGCCGCGCGGUUUGCUCUCUGCGUCCACGUCGCGCGAGCGGCCACAUGGAGCCCCAUGCGCGUUUUGGGACAUGGACUCGCGCGCAGCCUCAGCAGUGACACAGAUUUUUCUGGCAUUAAAGAACGGACUUUGGUAGCUGUGAAGCCCGACGGCGUUCAGCGGCGUCUGAUUGGCGAGGUCAUCAAGCGCUUUGAGCAGCGAGGAUUCCGAUUGGUGGGUCUGAAGAUGCUGCAGGCUUCUGACAAGCUUUUAGCUCAGCAUUACGUCUCGCUACAGAGGAAACCCUUCUACUCCAGCCUGCUUUACUACAUGACCUCUGGCCCCAUAGUCGCCAUGGUGUGGGAGGGGCAUAAUGUAGUGAGGUCAUCGCGUAUGCUGGUGGGAGACACAGACCCUGCUGAAGCUGCACCGGGAACUAUUAGAGGAGAUUUUAGUGUUCAUAUCAGCAGAAAUGUCAUCCAUGCAUCUGAUUCAGUGGAGGGAGCGGAGCGGGAGAUUUCACUGUGGUUUCAUCGCUCAGAGCUCAUCGACUGGGAGGGAUGCGAUCAUAAAAACAUUUAUCACAUUAUAUGAGGGUCAGUUUGAGAUGUUCAUAUGUGUUAAAUGAACUCUGAUCACCCUCAGCGGGUUGAUUUCUGCUCAGUUUCCUUAAUAGCACAAAAUGCUGAUUAUAUGCAGUUUUUGGGCUGCAAAUGAUAUGUUCUCAUUUUAAAAUGAUUCAGUGUAAAUAGAUUGAAUUGUUCUAUUUUAUAUUCUAAAUAUUUAAAAAGAAAUGUAAGAACCUUUUGGAGAAAAUGUUUACAAAAGGUGCCCUUGAAUAUUUUCAAAUAGACUUUUAAUUUAGCUUUGACGCACAAGUCUUAAUAGUUCCUAAUUGUUUCUGUUUUUUGUGCUAUUUUUACUGAACAUAACCAGUGAUCACACACAUGCACGGUGCUGAUCGAUAUAACUAACUUUUGUGAACAAUGUACUUUAAUGCCUUUAUCAAUUAAAAAAGAAAAAAAAAAUCAAUUUUAGCAGAUUGUCAUCCAAACCCAGUCCCUUCACUCAGGGAAAAUGCAUUAAAAGUGCAGUAAAUAAUUAUUUAUAGACUGUUAAUUUAAUGUGACAACGGUACAUCAAAUAAAUACUUGCUGUAACACAAAAA